CUUAACACUAGAUCGCAUGCAUACGACCAGUCAUCAAAUGCUCGCCAUACUUUCUUUCAGAUCGUAUUAAGGGGGAUAUACACAUAAUGCGCGUGCGUGUAUAUUUGUGUAAAUGCAUUCAUCGAUGGUGAACGAAUUAAGAUGCAAUUUUUACAAUACACAUUUCUACAUUAUCAUAUUUGAAAAACAUUACACGUGAACCAACAAAACUUUCAAGAUUAAAAUUUCAUUGACACACACGAGGAGCAAGCAUAGGCUCCAAGGACGAGAUUUCUUCAAAUAUUACGUUUUUAAUGGCCUUUGAUUGAUAGAAUUUUAGAUUGUAAUACUGGAAAAAAAGUAUAACCAGUGCAUCGAGACUUGAACACCUCAAAAAAGUUACCAACAUGUGUACUCGACACGGUGCUGGAUUGAUCGUUAAUAUUUACGAAAUUAUUGUACAUUAAUUCCUAAAAAGGGGUACGAUUAUAUUUCGCUUGGUGUAUAUUGGAACAAUUUUUUUUAAAGAUUCAUGGGAAAGUCAUCAUAUGGGGAACUGUACCUGUAAGCCUUUACGAAACGCGUACGAUACGAGAAAUCCAGAAAAAGGAAAAAAAUAUUUAAGAACAUACUUGUUCGUUCGAGUUUAUAUUUCAUAUAAGGCGCCACGAUGAAUUAGUCGAGUCAAUAGGUUUUUCAUUGGUACGCAUCUAGUUUGAAAUCGCAGAUUUCAAUUCGGGAUUGGCUGUAAUUAACGUUUGUGGUCAGUGGUUGUGAUCGUGAUGUUUUCGUUACGAUUAGUUCGGUGGUUUCGUUCGCAAAUGAUAUUAAUAAUGUUCGUUAUGCGUUUGUGUGUUAAUGGUUUCAAUUAGGAAAUCAUUGAUCGAGUUUCGCACUGAAAUACGAUAUAAAUGAAAAAAUGGGAGGUACGCAGCUGAUACUGAAACGCGUUUUUUCAUUUAUUCUGUGAAAUUGAAUAAAGAAUGGCCGGGAAGAUGGCGGCGGCAGAGUUAAAACAUGACAAUGUUUCGUGCUACGAAACUGUGAAAAGAAAUGUAUCAACAGCAAUCUCGCACAGAGAAAUAGAAUGUUAUCGAUUCCGAUUAUUAGAUUUAAUUUACUAUAUGACCUCUGUCAGUUUUUUUUUCGUCGAUAUAGCAACAGACAGUAUUGUUUUCAUGGAAUAUUUUUUACAAGGCCAAUUUAUUUGGGGAUGCUUUGCUAUGAGUUUUACAAUUUUACCCGCUGCUGUUAUUCAGAUGUUUAGUUUGAGAUGGUAUCACAGUGAUGGUUCUAUCAAAACUGUACAUUGGCUAUUACAUUUUUUCUUUUUAGGAGUAUUGCAAAGGUAUUUAAUAUUACUUUAUGCCACAAUUUAUUCAUUGAGGAGCAAACGAUUUGUAAAGGAUAAAAACUGGGUAUAUAGACAAGAAAGUGAUAUAUGCAUGUUACACCUGUUCGAAUCAUUUAUGGGGGCUGCUCCGCAAUUAAUAUUGCAAUUAUACGUUAUGGCAGUAUUACGUCAUACACCGCUUUGGACAAGUCUGUCAGCCGUGGUGUCGUUUUGUUCACUGAGCUGGGCUAUAGGUACAUAUAUAAAAGCAAUGCACAAAAUAAAUCCCGACCACGAGGCGACAUGGGUGGCGUUGGCUCUUCAGGGAUUCUGGCGUGCCGGAAUGCUAAUAUCCAGAAUCAUCGUUCUGGUGUUAACGGCGCUCUGCUUAAGAGAAUGGUUUUUACUGUUUCUCGGUGAGUGUCGGCUUAAGCCGGCGCAAAAACAACCUCUGGAAAUAGACUUAUGCGUUUCGCACGGUGUGCAUCAUCCUCUUCUAACUGUUACAGGACUCCAUUGGCUAUUUAUGACCGUAUGGGUGAUCUUACAGAACACGGACUUCUGCCCGACCAUAUGGGAGGAGCGUAUUUAUAAUUGUAUCAUAGGAUUAAUUUAUUGCUUCGAUUUCUUCAAUCUACGGGUUGGCAAGUCCCGUUACAGGAUGCUUAUCUUCUAUCUGAUCGUCACGAUAGAGAAUACAGUGUUCCUGGUGGUUUACGUGUUCUGUUUCAAAGACACGAUCAAAACGAAGGAGAUAGCGACGGUGGCGAGCGUCGUGGCCGGCGGUAUGAUGAUCGGCCUCUCGAAUAUGCUGCUGUACUACGGCAAGUAUCAUCCGUCGAAGAUCAUCGGCGGCGCGUCGAAAGGCGGCGGCGAGAAACAGGCGGAGACGGUAACCAAGACGGUGGGCACGCCUAGAUCGUUCAAACAGUAUUACUCGAACUCCCCAUGUUCCGUCGGUCGUUCCCAGGAGGCCGUGUCCGAGGAGGUGACCACGGACAAGCAGUCGCUACUGACGAACAUCGUGCAGAGCUCGGACUGCGCGGAGACCGGUAUCAUCAACCAGAGCUGCAAAGUCGCGAGCGAAUCGAAGACUGCCGCCAUGCGCGUCGUUUCCGAAUGCGAGUCGGCGCAUAACGAGAUUCUCCCGAAGGACGAGGGCAGCGGCGGGACGUCGGGCACGUUACCGAAACCCUCCUCGUUCCACCCCCCGGACGCCGCCGUCGCCGCUCGGGAGUUCAAGAUGCAGAACGAUUGCAACGACGCCGCCGAGAAGGACAUUCACCGUCAGAAGCGCAGGGGCAUCUGUUUGCCGACCAGCCACGGCCUCGACAUAGACGAGGAGGUCACCGCGAAGGACGAGCCGUCGAGUCUGUCGGGCUCGUCGCGUAAGAGGCGAGGGAUCUGCUUCUCGAACCAGCUGAUCCUCGAGAUGGAGAACGACGUGAACGAGAAGGUCGACAAGAAGCUGUCGGACAUGAACGGCGCUCGCCAGGAUCCGGAGGGUCGUUCCGUCGGCGAGGCGCGCAAGGACGCGCACGACGACAAGGACGACCUCGGCGACGACCACGACAACGGCGUCUCGAUGAGGGACAGGCUGAAGACGCCGCCGAUCUUCGACGACGCCCGCGAGAAGAUCUCGGAGACCGAGAAGCUGACGAAGGACCUGCAGCAGAGGGACGAGACGAUGAGCUGCGUCACCUCCAUACACGACUACGAGAACGUCUGCCCGCUGGGGGUCGCCAGACCGCCGUGGUGCAUCCGCAGCUGGAAGGGGUACACCGACAUAGAGACCUACAUCCACGACGACAGCGUGGUGAGGGACAGACGGAGGGACACGUUGACCAGCACCACCACGGGCACCACGUACAGCUCCGAGUUCUCCGACAUCACCUGCGUCAGCUCGAUACUCAGAGGCAUCCUGAAGCAGGACGACUACCUGGACACGCUCGCGUACGACCUGAUCGACCCCCGCGAAUUAAGGGCGGCUCGCAACGAGGACUCCUCGUCCGGGAAGAGGUCCGCCGAGGUGGAGGAGCAGAACGCCACUGUGUACAUCGCGAAGCCGGUCGUGAUAGACGAGAAGGGCGGCAUGUUCGCGCUGGACACUAUCCUAGAGGAGCACGACGAGGAUAAGUUCGACCACUCCAGGCCCACUCGCGAUUCGGUGAGCACCCUGGUGAGCACGAUAGACCAGAUAAGACGGUACACGGCGGAGAACUCGCCGAGGCACGUGUACCACACGACCGGCUCGCAGUGGGAGGACUUCGACCCGAAGAACCUGAUAAAGAAGGCGCAGCUGACCAGAGCGUUGUUCAAGAACGACCUGAAGGACCCGGCCACCUGCAACCGGAACUACCUGAACCGACUAGACGAGCCGGACUCGAUCGUGCGGGGCAGGUGCGAGAUAGACACCAUCAGGGACCUGGUGAAGUACUGCGCGAUCGAGUCGAUCAAGAAGACUCCGUUAAUAGACGCGAUACUCUCCGACUCGCCGAUCCUCGGCGGCAAGGCGAAGACGCAGAAGGCGCAGGACUCGAAGGAGAACGACCUGUACGUCGAGAUGAGUCCUCUGGUGCCGGUCGCGCAGAACGUUCAAGUUGUACAUAAUUUCCCAGGGGCCUGCGAGACCGCGGAGACCUGCAAAGCCGGCAGCGUGGACGCGCUUUCGAUGGGACCGGCGGAGUCGAACGUCGACGCGGAGAAAGCCGAUCCCGACAAGCGCAAGAGACCGAUGAACUACCCGAAGCGGAAGUUCUCGCUGCUGAGGGAGAAGUUCGAGACGAAGUCGCAGCUGGUCUACGUCGUCACGCCGAACAAAGCCAUCAAGCUGGAGCAGUCGGCCUCGGAGCUGGACCCGCUGAAGAAGGGCGUGGACCUGUUCGCGAGACACGACAAGGAGAAUCUAGCCCCGGCAGCUCCGCUGAACGUCGGCCUCGCGAAACAUGCGCCGAACGACCGGUCCAACGCGAACCGGGACAAGACCGACACGAUCUGCCAGAUCGAGAAGUCCUCGCACGAUACCGAUUUGAAUCUGAAGGAGAGGAGGCACAUAUUCCUGGAGCAGGUCCUGUCCCCGCCGAAACUGCUGACCUGGAACAAGAGGAGGUCCCUCGUCGGCUCCGCCGUGAAGAAGUUUUAGGAAACUCGUUCCACGAUUUCACGUCGCCGAUACGAGUUUCCUUCGCGCACCCCCGCGAGAGUUCGGGGCACGAGCUUCCCGCCGCGGGUGAUACUUUAGCUUUAGUUUCGUACGAUCGUUGUCUUCCUGGGUCGAGCCGCCUCGUCUCGAGGACGAAGCAGUUGCGUCCGUGUACUGUAUCCAUUUUUAUUAAGUAUGUAAAUCAAUUACAUCGUUGCCAAGUACGAUAUUACAUUAUACAAUAUUAAAGAUCUGUAAUAAUUAUACAUAUGAAAAUUAUUUUUAUAUACAACAAUGUUAUGUAUAAUAAAAGACUUUUUUACACCAUAAUGUAUGUAUAUGUAGUUAUGUGUUUUGUAUAUUUAUAUAUAUAUCUCUCUAUCUACAGGGUGAAUCGUUGAAAAUUAAAACCUAAAGUAUUGCUGUUAUCGAAACAGAAUGAUUUUGAAGAAUAGAGCUAUUUAAAGGGGCAAACAAUGUAUAAAAGAAUGGUUUCAAAUUAAUAAUUUCAUAUAUUUUCCUUACAAAUC